UUUGCAUCACGUGACUAAGAGCGACAAAACAAGUGAAGCAGACGAAAAACUAUUUCCGAGAAAAUGUCUGCGUUUAGGUGUCCACCAGAAGUGGCUUUACGUUCAGCUGCAAGGUUUGUAUCUUCAUCCCAUCAUCGGCCUGCACUUAACAGGGGUCAAGCCUUACUACAAAAACAUGUCCCAGCUGUGGGCAACCUACAGAUGAAAGAUGCCAGUGGGGCAACUAGCCAAGGGAGACGUUGGUACAGGGCUGCACAAUGCACGGAGCUGGGCAAGCCACUAACCAUAGCAACACUACCCUCGGUUGAAAAGGUUGGCCCAGGAGAGGUCAAGGUCGCAGUCCAUAGUGUUGGGGUCAACUUUGCUGACCUUUUGAUGGUGAUUGGUCAAUAUCAAGAGAAGCCACCACUACCAUUCUCACCUGGGUCGGAGAGUGCGGGUGUUGUCAUGGAAGUAGGAGAAGGUGUUGAAUCGGUUAAAAAGGGUGAUCAUGUGGUAGCAAUGUCUUCAAGAGGUGGAGCAAUGGCUGAAGAACUUAUUACACAUGAAGGAGAAGUAUGGCGUAUUCCCAGCAGCCUAGAUUUCAAUGAUGCAGCAGCUAUUCCUUGCUGCUUUGGCACAGCUUGGCUGGCUCUCACCCGGAAAGCCAACCUUCAGCCGGGAUGGGGGAAAGGAAACCUAUUAGUAACAGCUGCUGCUGGAGGUGUUGGCUUAGCUGCUGUGGAGUUAGGUGUCAAUGCUCUUGGUGCUAAGGUUAUAGGAGCAGCAGGUGGUCCUGAAAAGUGUGACGUGGUCCGAUCCAAGGGAGCCAUUGACUGUAUUGACUACAAGACAGAAAACAUUAGGGAUAGGACUAAGGAGUUGACUGGUGGGGAUGGGGUCAAUGUAGUGAUGGAUGCUGUUGGAGGGGAUGUCUGGACACAGUGCUUGCGCAGCUUGGCGUGGGAGGGUCGAGCUGUCGUGAUCGGAUUUACGAGUGGAGAGAUCCCGAAAAUACCUGCUAACCAUCUCCUGUUGAAGAGUAUAACCACCACUGGGUUAUACUGGGGCCGCUAUGGUCUCAUGAACCAUACUGUCUUCAAGAAAUCUGUUAGUGAUUGCUUUGAUCUGUAUACUGAGGGAAAGAUCAAGCCUCAUGUCUGUCAAACAUUCCCACUUGAAAAGAUAAAUGAAGCUUUCAUGUUCUUGAAGAACAGAAAAUCAACUGGCAAGAUCAUCAUCAAGAUUCGAUGAGAAAUCCAAAAUCUUGAUUUUUUUGAAAGUUUCUUCAUCAGAAUAUACCAUAUCUAUUGAGAUAUAUGAAUACAUCAUUUCAAGUAUAUUAAUGCAUCUGUAGCAAAUGCUUGUUAGUAAUUUGCUGAUUUACCAUUCAAUAUGUAAGAUUGGUAUUAAAAAAAAAAAACGCAGAAGCUAUUUAAAAAAAAAAUAUAAUCAGAGAUCAUGGUUUGAAAUUGCUCUAAAUCUGCCCUUAAAAGUUUGGCAUAUGUAAAAGCUGAUUUUCAUCAGGAAUUUAUUUUUGGGUGCAAAGAGAAUGGUGAAAGAUUAAGUUAAUGUCAUUCAUAGAAAUGAUAAAGAGAUAUACAGUGCGUAUUAAAAAAUGGAACAGAUUUGAAAAGUCUAUACAAUUUUUGUUUCAAAUUAUGAUCUCUAUAUUUAGGUGUCAAUACAUGGUCUGAGGUCUUAUUCUUCAAAUGCCAUUAAAACAAUUUAGUUUCGUUCUUGCUUGAGCGAACACGGAAUGUUUUUGUCUGGGGUUAAAAAG